GCUCACAUUUUGCUCCUGCUGGCCCAACGGUCAAGUCUUGCGAUGCGAUGCGGGCAGUGCGUUGCUGUCGGCUCAAGGAAUUCAAGUCAAGAAUCAUGCAUUCAGCUUCAGCUGCUCUUCCGUCAUUGUAUUGUACGUUAGCGUGGUAGCAAGCUAGCGAGUCGUAGGCCAGUUCUUGAAUGCUAGACCAACCAGUGGGUGCUUGAUUGAAGAGGACUCGAAAUCAGAAGCUCGUCUCUGGACUUCUACGCGAUGCGGGCAAGUUAUCCACAUCUAGGCUGAUUUCACUGUUCAUUUCUGGAUUGAGAUCAUGUAGCAAAGGAAUUGGCCUUAAUUUCAUGGCGAGAGCCUUCCUUCCGCCAGAGUGCGACGAUUUCGACGUUCUGAUCAUCGUCGCAUUCCGACGCACAUUGGUACGCUGAAGCAGUAAAAGCGGUUUAUUCAGCGAUUCCAAGUUAGCUGUUUUAGUCUCUCCGAAGCUACUUACCAGCUAAUUCGUGCAAGCGACUCACCGCUCUUUCCAUUCCGCGACAUUCGUACACCAGUUUCACGAAAUUAUGUUCCGAUGCAAACCCGUGAUACGCUAGCUACAUCCAGGCUUCGAUCUUGUGACAGGAUUCGGUGGCUGAUUCAACUCGGCCUCACUAGCCGGUACGCGCGGGCUUAUUCUACAACGCGAGCUACUCGUGCAUCGCUGGCGUUUACCGCUUUCGCGGCAGCAGGCGGUCCGCGCUAUCGGCGGCAGCAGGAAGCAACGGCUAGCCUUCGACUCCUGUCCGAGCUGCUGCUCACGCCGUGCUGCUGCUGCUGCUCACGGCGUGGGCGAUUCUUUCAGGCAUCGAUUUCGCUCCCUCGCAUUCCCUUCAAAACAUUCGCAGUUCGCACAUGCUGCUGCGACCGUCGAACCACUUCCGCGCCAGCCCGUCAGCAGCGUGAUCGCAGUUUGGUCGCUCACGUCCCCGGACGCGUUUCGGCAACUCGUGGCUGUAGCACAAUAACCGACAUUGAGAGAUAUAAAUUUUCGGCGAAAUGACGAGGGCGGAGAAGGCGGGUGAUUAUAGCGAGCGGACGGGAUCCGGAGCAGAGGCUUUGGCGGUUACCGGGGGGCGGGAGAAUGGGGAAGAGGCGGGGGGAUGGCGGAGGGAGACGGUGGAAGGGGGUGCGGAGAGCGGAGUGGAAAUGCGGCUGGCGAGGGGGAUGGAUGGGGGAGCUUCUGUGAUGGCUGUGGUGGGGGGAGGGGGAGACAGGGGGAGAGGAGAAGGGGAUGGCACGGAGGGUCGAAGUCACUCAGAAACACACGAGGGUGGUAGAGAGGAGUGGGGAGAGAACGGAGGGCGGAAUUUGGAAGUCAGUCGGGAGGAAGAGGAUCACGUGAGUUUGUUACACUCGCGGACUCAUAGCCCUUCCCAUGCUCACACACGUAGUACCCACUCCAUUCCCUCUCAAACUCCCCCUCACCCUCGACCAUCUCCUCCUCCCAGUCCUCCACAUCCCUCCUCACCCACCCACCUCUCCCCGACCUCCCGCCUCCUCUCCCUCCUCUCCUCGCCCCUCCACCCGCUCCUCUCGCUGGUGGCGUGGCUGCAAGGCCUAGUGGCGUCCUUCGGGCUGCCGUUUGUGUCGCUGGUGGCCGUGGUGUACGGCGUGAGCGAGGGGUACGCGGGCGCGCUCUACCAUUUUGCUUCACAGUACUAUUGGAUGGACGUGCAGCGCCUGCAACCCGCUGCUGCUCAGGCUUACAUGGCAGUGGUGUCGGUGCCUUGGGACCUCCGCCCCCUGUAUGGACUCAUCUCUGACUCCUUCCCCAUCCAAGGCUACCGCCAGCGCCCCUACCUGUUCCUCUCGGCCCUCCUGGGUCUGCUCUGCAGUCUCCUAGUCGCCCUGCUUCCCGCCCUCCCCCCCGUCCUCGCCUCCCUCCUCCUCGCUGGCACCACCCUAUCCACCGCCUUCGCUGACGUGGUAGUAGACGGCUUAGUGGCAGGCAAGAUCCGAGCCCAGCCGCAACACGCAGGCGACCUGCAAGCCUUGCCCUGGGGCAUCCUCGCCCUCUCGUCCCUCGUCGCCUUCGCCAUGAGCGGACCCAUCGUCUCCACCUUCGGCCCAAGAGGGGCGUUCUUCUUCUACGCGUUGGCGCCUCUGGCUCUGCUGCUGACGGUGCUGUUUGUGCCGGAAGCACCGGUCCCGGCACGGAAGAUGGGGGAGUCUGGGUGGGUGAGCCUGCGGCGAUCGUGCCGCCUGUUCGCCCGCACUCUGAGGAACAAAGUCAUGUGGCGUGCGGCUAUCUUCCUCUUCAUGUCUCAUGGCGGCGUCUCUCCCGACAUCCCCACAGCGCUGGUGUACUGGUACACCAAAGCGGAGGGGGGUCCACAGUUCAGCAAGGGCUUCAUGGGGGUGGUGUUCGCUAUGGGGCGCGUGGGGCUGCUCAUAGGCGUCUUCGUCUACCACCGCUGCUUCAAAGCCGCCUCCUACCGCUCGCUGCUGCUCUUCACCCUGCUGCUCCUCUUCGCCACUGGCUUCCUCGACCUCAUUAUAAUCACUCGCAUCAACAUCACACUGGGAAUUCCUGACCACGCGUUUGUCCUGGGCGACACAGCCAUCUCAGACGCAGUGCGCAGGCUGGAGCUCAUGCCCAUUCUCGUGCUUGCAGCCCGCCUCUGCCCGCCUGGCAUCGAAGCCACCCUAUUUGCGUUUUGCAUGUCUCUGAUGGUGUUCGGGAAGCACUGCGGCGAGUGGCAAGGGGCCCUCAUGCUGCAUCUGCUCGGAGUGAGGAAGGAUAGUUACGAGCGCCUCUGGCUGGCCGUGGUGCUUCGAAAUCUGUUCCGGCUGCUGCCGAUUGCUGGGCUGUGGUUGUUGCCAGAGGGUGGGCCGGAUACGGAUUUGCUGGGUGAAGCUGGGGUUGAGGUGGAAGGGUUGGAGGAGGAGAGUGAGAGGGAGCUGAUGGUUGUGCAGGGGGGGAGAGGGGAUGAAGAUGGACGGGAGAGGGAUGGUGGGAUGGGAGUGACAAGUUUGCAGCCGGAUGCUGAGACGGAUGAGGGAAUGACGAUGAGUCGUGCUGGUAAGGAGAUGGGGGGAGAGAGGGCUACGGGUUUGGAAGUUCUGAGUCCCAAGGAGAGAGAGCUGGUGAGUUUGUAAAACGGGGUGAUGCUAAGGCCUUUUUUUACUCGAGAGGAAUUUGCUUCACAAUGGAGUUGGACCUUUAGUUAAUCUCUAUUCGCUGAUUUACUAACUCGUGUAAUC